AGACGUGCAGAGUGCGAGCGCAGGCCAGAACCCGGGUGCAGGGGUAGCGCGCAGAGGGAGAGAGGCUGCCAGGAGCAGGUGACCUGGCUGGUCAGGGCGGAAGGACUGACAGAGAAGGCGAGAAGGUGGUGUGGCCUGCCUCGGAGGAGCCAAGACGGAUAUCUGAAUGUUGGAGCAGCGUAGUUUGGGCAACUCCCGGGACUGACUGGCCGCAUGGCAGGCCGAGGAAGGGGAAGCUAAAGCAGAGACUGGGAUGCAUGUAGGGCAAGAAGCUCGGACCCAGGGAGAGGCAGAGACCGGGGCUGAAGGCUGGAGGGCCGGUGUGACAGUUCUGUGCACUUGUCUGGAGCAGACACUUUCCCCACUGCCCACCGGGCGUGUAGGUUGAUUAGUUGGGCCUCCAGCAUAGCCCAGGAAAAGGUCUCCACAGCAGAAAUAAGGUCCAUGCCACUCCAGACCAGGAAAUACCAGAUAGGUCGAGUGUCCCAUACCCUGGCUAUGUGUACCUCUGAGGAGGCCGACCUGCUCCGGCUGGAGGAGGUCUUCUCAACGACUCUUGAUCGAAUCAUCAGUCUUAUCCUGAAGCCUCUGCUCUCAGCUGACCCGGAACCCUCAGAUCCCUGUGGCAAAGAGUGCCUUCGGCUUCUGCAGCAGCUGCAUGACAGUGCCCAGCGGUUGUGGGACGUGACAGAGCAGAGCCUGCUUUCGCUGCGGCAGAGGCUGUAUCACCCAUCUUCCUUGGAUCUGGAGGCCGUUCUGUUACUGAGAGAUGCUGACCUCGUCUUACAAACCCACGUGGAGUACAUCAAGUCCUAUACUGACUGUGUGGUGGUGCAAGACUUUCAGAAGGUCUCAGGGAAGAAGAGCGAGUUCUGGAGGAGUCAGUACAAGGCAGUGUGGCAGCUGCUGUCCCCUGCGAGCUCCCAGUACCAGGACCUCCACCAGCCGCUCGCUGACCACGUGCAGAAAUACGCCCUCCUCCUCCAGAGCCUCAGGGACACCCUUGAUGAGAACCAUCCAGCCCAGGAGCUGGUGAUGCGUGCAGUUACCCUGUUUAAAAACCUGCAGUCCUUCAUGAGGCAGGCCUUGGACCAAGCGCAGGCCACACAGGCCCUGUGGCAAACACUCAGCAGCCGGCUGAGGGGUGUGCUCUGCGUCCCUACUCACCGACUCUUGCAGGACAGCCAGGACAUCCCCGUGGUGGUCUCCCCGAUGCGGGCUGAGCGCGUGCUGCUCUUCGAUGAUGCCCUUGUCCUGCUGCAGGGCCACAACGUCCACACUUUCGACCUGAAGUUGGUGUGGGUGGAUCCUGGCCAGGACAAGCAUGUGCUCCAUAUCCUCACUCCUGAGGACGAGUUCUCCUUUUGCACCAGAGACCACCAGAGCCAGGAUGAGUGGCAGUGGAAGGUGACCCAGGCUGUGUGCCAGGCCCUAUGUGGCAAGAAGGACUUCCCUGUGCUGGGAUCAGACCGGAAGCUGUCUGUGCCUCCUGAAUGUCGCCAGGUGACCUGUGCUUACACUUUCCGCCGUGAGGGCCGUCUCUGCCAGGCUACCUAUGAGGGCGAGUGGUGUCGCGCCAAGCCCCACGGCAGAGGAACCCUGAAGUGGCGCAAUGGUCAGAACCACUCUGGGGAUUUCUGCCAGGGCCUGGAGCAUGGCUUUGGCGUCCGCCUGGUGCCCCAGGCCUCUGAGGACAAGUUUGACUGUUACAAGUGCCACUGGCGGGAAGGCAAGAUGUGUGAGUACGGCAUCUGUGAGUACGGCACUGGCAAGGUAUACGAGGGCUAUUUUCAGGCCGGUCUGCGGCACGGAUUUGGCAUCCUCCACAGUGCCCCGCAGGCCCCCCAGCCCUUUACGUACACGGGCCACUGGGAGAGAGGCCAGAGGAGUGGCUACGGCAUUGAGGAGAGGAACAGCGGUGAACGCUACAUUGGCAUGUGGAAGGCUGACCAGCGUCACGGUCCGGGAGUCAUGAUCACCCAGGCGGGCAUCUAUCAGGGCACAUUCCACGAGGACAAGAUGGCCGGCCCAGGCAUCCUGCUAUGUGACGAUGACUCUCUGUACGAAGGCACUUUUACCAGGGACCUGAGGCUCCUAGGCAAGGGCAAGGUCACCUUCCCCAGUGGCUUCACCUUGGAAGGUUCUUUCAGCAAUGGGACAGAUCAAGGACUGCGUGUACAGGGCGUGCUGGACAGGGCUGCCCACCCACCUGACUCAAGCAGUCCAGGCAAGAGACAGCUGGGACUGGGUGCCUUCCCUGUGGAGAACCGCUGGCAGGGAGUCUACAGCCCCUUCCGGGACUUCGUGCGUUUAGGCUGUCCUGGGGAAAUGCAGGAAGCCCUCCUGGGCUUCCCCGGGCAGAGCUCCAAGAAGCUACACAAGUCCCAGGAGUACGUGUGUGAUGAGAGGAGCCAUCCUGAGGACUGCGUGGGCAGCAUGGAAGAUAUCCUAAAGGAGCUGCUGAAAUACCGCGAGCCCGAGGCCCUGAAGCAGUACCUUGAGAAGGCUCUGGGCAAUUCCCGACACCCCCUGGGGAAGUUAUUCUGCACCCUGAUGCUGACCUUAAAGGCCACAUACUCAGGCAUGGGGUCCAACAAACACCUGCAGGAGAUGGCCAAGGAGGAGGUGAAGCAACAUGCCUGCGAACUUUGGGCUGCCUACAGGGGUCUGCUGAAGGUUGCCCUACAGCACCAGGGCCAGACCCUGGAGGAGGAGAGCAUGGAGACAAGGGACCUGCAUGUGCACGAGGUGCUGCUGCCUCUCAUCCUGCCCAAAUUCUACUCAGAGCUCUUCACACUGUACCUGCUUCUCCAUGAGAGAGAGGAUGGACUGUACAGUGGGGGCAUCAACAACCUCAGCCUGUUCUCCGACGCCAAUCUGCUGGAGUUCCUGGACGUGCAGGAGCAUCUGUGGCCCCUCAAGGACCUCAAGCUGACAAGCGAUCAGAGAUAUUCUCUGGUCCAGAACAACUGUUUCCUGUCGGCCACUGAGUGUCUGCAGAAGAUCGUCACCACAAUGAACGCUCCAGGGAAGCUGAAGGUGCUUGAGAAGACCUACGGGGAAAUUGAGGCCACAGUGUCACGGGCGCUGGGCCGCGAAUACAAACUGCCCAUGGAUGACCUGUUGCCGCUGCUUAUCUACGUGGUGUCCCGAGCUCAAAUCCAGCAUCUGGGAGCUGAGAUCCACUUCAUGCGCGACAUGAUGGACCCUGCCCACACUGGAGGUCUCCAUGGCUUCCUGCUCACAGCUUUAGAGUCCUCUUAUGAGCACAUCAAGAAGGAAGACAUGACAGGGCACCGUCUGCUCAGCCACAGGGACGCUUGAGAACUCUGGUGACCCAGCCACUCUGGACCAAGUGCCUGCCGUGGACUUUUGCAAAGCAAGCGCUACCCGCCUUCUCCCCAGUGCCUGGAUCGAGGCAGGUUGGAGAGAUGGUUCUCAAAGGAGUUGGUGUUCUUCCUACAGGGACACACCAACUGCAGCAGUGUGAUCCCAGAGCUUAUGGCUCUUUUGGCCUCAGGUCUGGGCUCUGAUAAGCCUUUCCUCAGAAUUAGCACCAUCUCGGGUGAGGAACCCUGGCUGCACUGGGCCUCAGUCCUUACUGUUAGUCAUCAGUCCCAGGCUGCAUGCUGCAUGAUGGUCUCCAUCAUUCUUCCUGACCAGUUUACGGCAGCCCUUCCCAAGAUCUGGCUUCAUUCAGUUCUUUGGACUGAAAUGGAAAUUCUCACGUCAGAGUUCAUCUCAUUCCUUUUUCUCUCCUCCUGUCCCAAGCUGCAGAUGCCUCUGUCUGCUCAGUUCUCUUUCCCAUGAGGGAACCUGUUUCCUCCUGGUCAGCUGGGAUUCAGGCUCAGGCUGGCUUUUCCUGGGGCAGGAAAACCUCAGGUGCAUGCCGAGCUGCCCAGUUGCCCUUGGCAGGCCCCACGCUUUGCAAAGGCACGGAAUAUAAACACCGGCAGUCGGUCACCUGGCCUGGCUUGCCAGCAGACAUACCUGAGACACUUUCUGACCUCUCUGUGGGAGCGAGCCGGGAUAUCCAAGGCUUGCUAAUGCCCCGACAGACUAGAGCACCUCCUGGUUUAUGACAUAUGAUUCAUGUAAGGGGGCAGUCUGAGGAGUUCACGGUUGUUAUCAUCAAUACCAUAACUGCCUAGAUCCAGCAGGUAGAGCCAAGAAAUAAGAGAAUCAUCAGGCUGGAUAUGACUCCGCCUCACAGAACGUAGGCCGGGAGUCAGGAGGCAAGACUGAGAGAUGAGACACAGCUAGUCUCCAACAUCUUUGCUGGGCCUUUUCAUUCCCCCUCCUGCCUCAUAAUAUGGUUUUUUCCCCUCCUUACGUUUCUGGGUGAUGGCCACAAUUACAGUCUACUUAUUUAUUCAGGGUUUUUAAUAAACCCGUUUUUCAUCUU